UCUCACUCUCUAUUCUCUAAUCUAAAUCUGCUAUCUCUAGUGUAGUGCGUCCAAAUUUGAAGUUGUGCAUUGUGUCGGUUAAAAUUUAUAAAUUAAACCGAGUUGGAUUUGUUUGUUUAAACAUUAAUUUUUGAAAUCAGAAACAUUUCUUCAAUGAUCCAAAUCUUUUGCCAUUUAUUGCCUCCAUUUUUCAAUCCAAGCAAUGCGAACUCCGCAAACCAGUUCCAGCACUUCACGUGGACCACUUCAAGAACAACAUUCUGGAGAUGAAGAAGAAUCUGUGGCAUCACAUAAAACUGGACAUUCGCAAGCAUCGUCUUCAUCUUUCAGUCUUCAAGAUUGCAUUAAUGAGUUCAGAGCAAGGAAAGUGCAUCGUUCAUCCCAAAGCCAAAGUCAAAGCAAUCAGAACACCGAUGACGACUUGAUAAAUCAGAACAAAUCGAAUAAGCACAGCGAGCGUAUUAGCAAGCCCUGCAAGGACGGUUUCUGCUAUUGCUUCACUAGUGAUAGCGAUGACUUCAGAAUGUAUAAAUCUGAUGAGAAAAAAAGAUCUCGCAGAUCGGAGACCAUAACUGAUGAACAGAUUUCAGAUAUGUCCAACAAUAACCACAAGACUAAAAGAAGAGAGACAUUUCCAUUGAAUUCCCACCAUAAACAUGAUACCCCAUCCAAAAAUUGUCCUCGAACGGUAAUAGCGAUAAGUAAAUUAAAAGAUUCAAGUCGCAACUCAAAAGCCCCACUCAUACACAUAAUCCAAGAAAUACACAAUAAUUGUGUAGUAUCAGAGGUGCGUGUAAAUAAACAUAAAAUUAAUCACAAAAGUCCUCCAUCUAAGAAGCAAAUGACAGCAGAACAAACAAUUAUCAAUGGCACAGAAGACAUUCCAAACAAAAAACCACAUUCCAAUACAUACGUGGACCGUGUGAGCGAAAUCGACAGUUUAACCGAGGAAUUUCAACAAUCUUCACUAAACACAAGUUCACGAAGUAGCGAUAAAAAUGGGGGACGUUUGUUGAAAAAACGUCUAAGUAGUACUCGUAUAGAGUACAAACCUAGAAACCAUUUAACACCUCCCCGAAAACCACCACGAAACAUUCUAGUUGCAAAUGGUUCACGAAAAAGGGCUUCCACAAGUACUGCGUCAUCGAUAAGAGAUGCAGAAAAAAUUCUCGAUAAUUUUCUGCGUGAAAAAGGAAUUCCUAUUCCAAAAUUGGCCCAGAAGGAGAAAAACAAUCGCAAGUCAUUCCCAUUAUCCUCAAGCUGUAUCCCCCCAGAUGAUUUGAUAAUUCCAGCCUAUCAAAAACAAAAACCUUCUUGUCCGUCAUUGAGUGAUAUUGAGCGUUUAGUAAGUGAAAAAUCAACUGAAAGCUGCGAUGAUGGGAUAAAAGAAAACUCGUUGACCUGGCAAUCUCCAAAAAUUAGGGAAAUGCUUAAUCUUGACACGAAGUCGAAGAACUUUCAAUCCACUAAUCCAGAAUGUGGUCCACAAGUAGGAUGGAAAAUUCCACCAAAGCUUGACAUCGACACAGUCGAUGGAGCUUACCAUAAUCUAGUUGCCAACAUGGAGUCAAAGAAUACACCAGUUAAGUCAGAUCUGCCAAAUAAUAAAACUGAAAGUCAAAAAUUCAUCCUAGCUGAACAGUUGAAAAACUUUGUUUCCCAUUCUCCAUGGUCAAGUAAAAAACAAAAGGACAAACAUAAUGUAAAAAAGUCCAAUUCAUUUUUGAAUGCAUCAAAAACAAAACUUCUGAGAUUUGUAACAAAGAAAUCUCCAAGCAAUAGAUCGAUUGGGGUCCAAACUUCGACUGAUUGUCCCAUUGAAACAGUAAAGGAAAAACGUUUCAGUCUCCAAUCUCCGCCAGGCAGCUAUUUUUCAAAUACCCCAGCUAAAACAUCAAAGGGUUCCCAAACAGAAUUUGACUUUUCGCGAACAGUACAAUCUCCGCCAAGGGAAGAGAAGGUUCCUCAACGUAAACAACUUUUUCCAACGCUAAAUGUCCGCAAGGAGAAACCUCCACGCAAAAUAAAUUCAGAGAAAAACCAAAAUACUACUUAUAAGUCAUUCAACUCUGAUUUUGAUAAGGAUUUGAACCUGUCUAAGAUGGGUCAAGUGCUAAGCAAUAUACGCAACCGGUUAGAAGCUAGUGAUGAUCAUGCCGUGGGAACGUUUUGUGAAAUAAAACGAAAAGAGGAAGCUGCUGGCCAAAAAGUAUUUAGCUACGACUGUGUCGAUGGGUACGAAUACCAAAAGGUAUUUCAUGUUUCGGCCCAAGCUGAUAUACACAACGAGCCAGAGCCAUCCUACUCAGAAAUAGAGGAAGAUAGCUUCUUCAUUACGGGUAGCCCUGUUUAUGAGAACACAACUGGCAUUGAACACUUUGUUGUGGACAGCGACCCUAAAGCAAUCUAUGCCAAAAUAAACAAAACUCCAAAGAAAUGUAAAUCGCAGCCGCAUUCGAGUUCUUUUAACAAUAUAAUGGAGCAAAAUAGUCCACCUAAGUUGAGAAAUAUGAGUAAGACUGACUUAUCUGUACAAAGUGAGAUAUUUUUGGAGAAUUUAACUUCUGAAAAUAAUGGCUCUUUAAAUUGCUCUAAUGAAAAAGCGGAAAAGAUUCAAAAUGCAGCAAAAGAAGAAAGAAUAUACAGUGAACUAGAAGAUAUCGAUGAUUCUUACCAGUCUGUCAACAGCUUAAAAGAACCUGAUCAAGUGUCUUAUGAACUUCCCGAAGACCAUGAACACCCUAUAAAAGUGGACAAUUUAACUGGCAAUCAAAGUACACCAAAGAAGACAACACAUUUUGCUAAGUUUGGUAUGCACAUACCUAGUGAGGAAUGUCUUCAUCAAACAUCCAGUUGUCCAGCAACUCCUGGAUGGCUCCUUUAUGACGAUCAGAAUUUUAUUCCAGCAACAGAAGAAUCAAUGAGCUUACAAGAAGAAUCUUCUACGGCUAAAGAAAACGAAGUCGAACACGAAAAAACUCCAAAUGCUAGUUCGUGGAGAUACCGAACGCUUAAAGAUAAGUUUCGGAAAUCUUUUCGAAAAAGUAAACAUUUUAUUAAAAAUGAAAGCAAACGGCUCUCGGGUUCCCUAAAUUCACACAUACCGCUAAAUUUUAAUCGAGCCUGUGAGCCCUGGGAUGAAUCAUCUUUGUGUAUUACAAAUCUCUUUUCAAUGGAUGAUAAGGCGCCAGUAAACCACCAAUUAACACAAGCAGUCAACAUAUGUCGGCUUAUUCCCGAAUUGGAAGGUACACCAGAAAUGGUAGAAGCAGAACGACUUCUGUUGUUUUCCACAUUUAAAAAAGAUGCUAAAUACCUUAAUGAAAGUACAACUUUACAAGACAAUCAGCCAAAAGGUGUGAUGGGGUUGAAAUCACUUCGAUUGCCAAUAAAGAAAAACAACACCCAAGAGCUUUUCUUCAACUACUAUUAUAUUUGUGUGUUUUCCAAUGGAAGCCAAAUAAAAUCCACUCAAUCAGCUGAAUGUGCAAAUGGAGAAGCUAUAUUUAGAAACUGUAAUAUUUCAUUUGAUAAUGUAAGCCAUGAUUCGAGAGUUCGUUGUGAUAUUUUCAUGUUGAGGCUAAGGAAGGUGUCCACCAAUAGAAAAACUCCUCAAAAGCCAAAGAAUUUAGGUGAAGUUUCAACUUCGAGUGAAGAAAUUUUGUCUAGAUUUCGACCACACGCUUCAUUUUUUGUUCAACCAAAAGACUUUAAGCCUUUUAGCUGGAAAGAGAACUGUAAUAAUUCGAGUGAAAACUGUUUUUGUUUACAUGCGGAAAACUCCUUUAAAUCAGCUAUUAUCCCAGAAUCUCGAAAUACAAAUUUUCAGGACAAAGUGGAGGUGUAUGGGGAAGUGGAACAAUUUUUUCGUCAACAUUUAACAAAGGGUUUUCUGCAUGUUCAAGAUUUGAACAAAAAGCACAUUUGGAAUCUUAGGUGGUGUGAGUUAAGUUCAUUAAAGUUAAACAUAUGGAAAGAUUCAAAUGAUGUGGCUAAAAGUGAGCCAAUCUUUAUAGUAGAUCUGUGCUCUUGCAAAUCUCUACCCAUUCAAUGUGCAGCUAGAGAGGUUUGUGCCCGAUCAAGGUCUUUUUGCCUUGAGCUACUGGAAGCGACUGGAACAACUGCGGUGUAUAUUUUUUCAGCAGACAGUCAAAGUGAUCUCAAUAGUUGGAUAAGUGCCUUAAAUGAAGUCUUAGAGUUCAUUGCAGAUUGGAUGAAAUAAUUUUAUCUGCUGUGCAAUAAUUAUAUUUUUUUAAA